ACCAUCUUAUUUUGUGUAUUGGUUGUCAACACUGAACUCUUUUAUCACCUCAUGUACUUCAUCUUGAAAUAAUUUUCAUUGCGCUGGGAAAAGAACAGUUCAUGUUUCAACUCCAUCAGGGUUACUUCAACUACACUGCCAUGUACUACGGUGGUUACAGCAAUGAAACCCUUGUGGAUCUGGUCGAAUACAACAUGCAGCUAGCCUACUUUUUCACGAUUGCCAUUUAUAUGGUGUUGUGCGGCAUUGCACUUAUUACAAGCAUGGCAAACUCUUUCAAGACAAACUACAUGCUUGCGGAUCAAGUUUCAAACAGUGCAUGGCAGCUUUUGUGCAGCUGGGAUUUUAACAUCAUCAAUGAGAGAGCGGUGAGACAGCGCAAGAACAACCUCAGCGUACAGUUAAAGGAGUCAAUGUCAGAGAAGGCCCAGAGAGAUCUGCUAACCCUCACUGAAAAGUUCAAGCAUAUUGGGAUUCAUCUGGGCUCGUGGCUUCUCUCCACCGGCAUGGCUGUUGGCUGUGCCGCCAGCAUCUAUUUUCUCUGCCAGUAUGAACAGCAGGUACUGAUGUCAAAUGAUAGCAUGACUAGCACUAGCAUAGCACUCAGUAGAGCACAGUCAAUGGAAGGUGAC